GUACGUUUUGCCAGGUGAUCGGAUUUUCGCGGUGCUCGGGGUUGGAGCGGCAGCGGGGGCUGAGAGAAAGGAAGCUGGCUCUGAAGAGUGGCAAAUAAGAGGAGACUUCAGGAAACAGACAGCUUGGAUCAUGGCCUCUGACCUGGACUUCUCACCUCCUGAGGUGCCUGAACCCACUUUCCUGGAGAACCUGCUGCGGUAUGGACUCUUUCUGGGGGCCAUCUUUCAGCUUAUCUGUGUGCUGGCCAUCAUCGUACCCAUUCCCAAGUCCUAUGAAGCGGAGACAGAACCAUCUGAAGCCAGAAGUGCAGAGGUAACAAGGAAGGCCAAGGCUCCUGUUCCUUCUGCCAGCAAGAGGCCCAAGAAGGAGACCAAGAAGAAGCGGUGAAGCAGAGGCCUGAGGAGCCAGGCAGGCCUGGGGGCAGUCCUCCUGGGAAUCAGCAUCUUGUUUCUUCUCCAUCCCAGGCUCGGUGUCUAGAGGCUGUGACGCCCUCUGACCACAAAGAUCUAGACAGUCAUGACGGUCCCAGGCUUCAGCUGGACAGA